UCACAUCACAAUAGUUUGAUCACAGAACACUAGUACAUUUAUCAGACAAGGCUGCAGUGCCUCAAUAGCACUGAUUCAACCAGAGAGGUUUGAGGUUCUUGGUCCAACUGAUGUCAUUGCUGCUGUGGCUGGUGAUGACAUCAUUCUGCCCUGUUACCUCAAACCCAACAUCAGUGCUGAGGACAUGACAGUGGACUGGCUGAACCUCGACUUCUUAGACGGUCGUGUCUAUCACUACCAAAACAGCGAAAUCAUACGAGAGGAUCAGAUUCUCUUCUAUAGAGGAAGAACUUCACUGUUUAAAGAGGAACUGUGGAGGGGAAACACCUCUUUAAAACUGACCAGGGUACAAGGCACUGAUGAGGGACGUUAGAAAUGCAUUAAGGCAAAGAGCUGCUGUAGGAUCCAAGCCAGUGGUGUCCAUUGAGGGACACAGAGAGAGAGGGAUGGGUCUGCUGUGUGAAACAGAAGGCUGGCACCCUGAGCCUGAGCUGGUGUGGCUGGACAGUAAAGGAGACCGUCUCUCUGCUGGUCCUCCUGAGACACACAGAGACUUCAAGGGAUUCUACACAGUCAAACAACAUGUCAUUGUCCAGGAGACUGACACCAACCGCUUUACCUGCAGAGUCCAACAGAGCCGGAUCAAUGAGAAGAUGGAGACAAAUGUUCACCUCCCUAAUGACCACAAGAAGGAGAGGGAUGAACUCAGGAAGGAGAGAGAUGACCUCAAGAAGGACAAGUUUAACCUCGAGAACCACUGGAAGCAAAAUAGUAGAGGACCUCUGCAACCAUAAAAAUGAAGUUGAAAAGAAUCUCACUGAAAAACUGGAUGUUGAAACCAUCAGAAGACAUGCAGGUGUGUUUUAUACUAUGUGACUCCAGCUGUAUUUUAGGGAGGAAUAGUGUCCUCACUGUCCUGUUGAUCUGGUCCAAACUCAUCAAUACUCUACAAGGCAGAGUAUUAGCCUGACAUAACUAUCAUGUAUUUACUGUGACAGCUGUAAGCAUGGGCAAGUAAGGCUGAGACAAAGAUUCAAUCAGAUCAAAUGUUAACCAGCGAUAGCAAACACCCACAUGGGAGACAUUGUGGUGAUGCUCCAAUGCAGGUGGAGCUGUCAAUCGGUGAGCAGCUGCUCUUGAUGAUUUUCAAGAUGCCCGCCGCACUCUUCAGAAGUUCAGAAAGAGAAAGUGUAGGUUAUACAGAUAUAAUUGCACUCAAGUUGAAAAAACAUCAAACAAAAUAAUGUGGAUUUCUAUCAUCCUAAUGGAGGUGUAGAUUACAUCUCACAUGCCAAUGUUUGAAUUUAUAAUAAGGCUGUAUGGGUUUUCUGUUAAUGCAACCUGUUAAAUGUAAUGGCAAAAUGUAGAUUUCGGACUAAAUAGACAUACCUAACUGCUGUUCAUGUGUAAUUACAUGAUUCUGACAUGCCAAAACUUGGUAUAUUUGGAAAGGAGACAUCUGCGAGACUGAGGAAAUGAUCAGAAGAUAGGAGUUACAUAGUUCAGAAUACACCAAAUCAAGCACACACAAAAUAACCGUUUUUUAUUUAAUUUGAAAGUCAUCUUUCAUUGACAAGCUAUAAGUGGAUUGUUGAUGACUAAAGCUGGAAACACAUCAGAUGGCUUCCACAACAUGUGAACAAUAUCAGGAGAGAAAAAAUGGGAUUGAUAGACCUAACAACUAGAAAUGGGCAGAUGUUUUAGUAAGUGUGGUCACGGACGCUUCCAAGUGUCCCUAAACCUCUCCAAAGUGGUGUCAUGACGUUGCCCUCUUUGAGUACCGGGAGGACAGUUGACCCCCUCCCCCUUUCACCAUCCCCCUACCUACCUCCCACCACCCAGGCCCUGUGUGAAGGCGGUCGUAAAAUUCCAAAGGAGAAUGUCCAGCCUCAUGGCCCAGUCUUGAGACAGAGUGGGUUUGGUAUAGAGAACAAAGGAUUCUUCCACCUCACAGGGAUUGGGUAACCGAACGACAUUUAUGUUCUGGAGAAGGUAUAAAAGAUCGGUGAAGAAUCCAGCUAUGAACUGGUCCGCUUGGUACAAUUUUGUGAUACUCAUUAGAAACAAUAUGGCCAUAUUACCAUACUAAGGUUUAUAUAAUAGCCUCAGCUAUGGGACUUGCAUCUAAAUGGUUGUAUACAAUGAUUUAAUAAGAUUAAAGCUAUUUGGAAUAUGUUGAGAGGCUGAUGUUAAUGUGAUAGAAUGUAUUUCUGUUCAAAGCUUAAAUCAGUCAUCGGCACGCCCCCAGAGACACAGAUGAGACCUGGCGGCAUGAGAGAGCCUUCUUCUGUCAUUCCGAAUAAAACCCCCACCCUGAUUUUCUUUCAUCAGACCAGGCCUCCACUCCAUUACGAGUUGGCCAAUAGGUUUGACCAUGUAUUCCUCUACUGAACUUUAACCAUACAACGUGGUUAAACUAUCGAUACAGAAUAAUAACAAGUCUUUGAUAUUAAGUACUAGUCUGCAGCUAGAAUUCGGUAUCAUUGACCGCGAAGACCGACGAAACAUACGUUCUAUAACAACAUUAAUGAAUGUCGCUUUGAAAGAUCCAUUCUAACCGAGAGAGACAGA